UUCUUUUAUUACUUUAUCGCACCAUUUAAAUCAUCCAAACAAUUUCAUAACCACCUUAUUAUCCACAAUUUUUAUCCACAAAAACCUAUCCACGAGUAUUUGCUACAACGAUAAUAAUAAUAGCACAUCCACUGUUACCACCGCCUGUCAUUAUAAUUGCGUCAGAGACGAUCAUCGGGUGGUGACGAACACCAAUACCACCAUUCCAGUAUUUCGGCUAUGAGCUAUACACAAGGUAAAUCUGGUCGGUUAUAUCCGGCAUAUAGUGUAAGUGGAUCAGAUUGCGAAGACGGUGAUAGUGGAUCACCAGCUACUGGUGGACGCAGUAGUGGACGCCAACACCAACAAUUAUAUAACUCACACACGUACCAACAUCCAUUAUAUCAACAACCCUGUACAGGGGGUAGUGGUCCAGGAUCAGCUAGUGGUGGUGCUGGUCUUAGUGACACCCCCACAUCGGAUAACGCCUCGGACGCGACACUCACUGAUUCAGAGCUGGCAUUAGCCAGAGAUUCUACUCUUCUAGUUCAUAACGGUUGUUUAUUAGACAGUGUACCGCGACCUCCUGAUGUACCCCCAAGAAAUCCUACAAUGAGUCGACUGAACGGUCGUAUCACAGGGAAUCCUGCGCAAGAUCCAAAUGGUGAUUUUGAACCAUCAUGUUUAGUACGAACGCCAUCUGGAAAUGUAUACAUUCCAACAGGAACCCUUAAUAUGCCAAAGAAUUCUACAUUGGAUUACAAAUCAAAUUCAUCAUGUAGCAGCCCAUCAAAAGAUAAAAGUUCAGAACGAUGUAAUCUACCAUUUGGUACACCAGUACCAGUACUGCCCGUCCGGAACAACUUACGUCGACCUAAUUCCAGUCAUUUUCCACAAGCAUCACGGUUUCAUUUUCGAAAAGGCAUUGCAACAAAAUGUACAUGGAAAUGUACGGCGAUUGUAUUUAUCAUGCUUUCAAUUGUUCUUACCGCAGCACUUUCAUACAUUUCCGCCUCCAAUUUAUUAAAUUGGUCGUAUCAAAGCACAAAAGCAUGCACAGUAUUAGUAGAAGAAAGUUCCGAUUUAUUAUCCGCUUCAAAAACAAUAUCAGAAACAAAUAUCUCAACAUCAAGUAAACCACGACCCUCAGCGACAGGUAGUUCUACAGCCACCAGCAGUAACACAAAUAGUGCCACUGGUUCUGGAACUACAACAAGUAAUGCUGGAGGUGCAAAAACAUUCCCAGCCAGAUCGUUUCCACCAGACGGCACAACAUUCGCACAGAUAGCUUUAGGACAACGUUUAUCAAAAGAAAUUCCGCCAUAUAGUUAUUGGAAUAUGCAAUUUUAUCAAUCAGAAGCAGCCUAUGUUAAAUUUGAUUAUAACAUUCCACGUGGUGCGAGCAUUGGGGUAUAUGCUCGCCGUAAUGCUUUACCAACACACACGCAAUAUCAUAUUUUGGAAGUUUUAAGUGGAUUCAAGGCGCGAACAACUAGAGCGUCUCAUCCAUCAAUGAAAAAGGAAGUUACGCAUUAUAUGGAACAAGGUCAUUGGUUCUUAUCUUUGUAUAAUGAUGAUGGAGAUCCUCAAGAAGUGACUUUCAUAGCUGUAAUUGCCGAUGAUAUGACUCAUAAUUGUCCUAAUGGCUGUAGUGGGAAAGGUGAAUGUCUCAUGGGUCAUUGUCAGUGUAAUCCAGGCUUUGGAGGCGAUGAUUGUAGUGAAAGUGUCUGCCCAGUACUCUGUAGUCAAAGAGGUGAAUAUAUAAAUGGCGAAUGCCAAUGUAAUCCAGGAUGGAAAGGAAAAGAAUGUAGUCUUCGACAUGAUGAAUGUGAGGUUCCUGAUUGUAAUGGUCAUGGCCAUUGUGUCAACGGUAAAUGUGGUUGCGUUCGUGGCUACAAAGGAAAAUUCUGCGAAGAAGUUGACUGUCCACAUCCUACUUGUAAUGGGCAUGGCUUCUGCAUUGAAGGACAUUGCAUUUGUAAAAAAGGUUGGAAAGGUCUCGAUUGCGGACAAAUGGAUAAAGUUGCAUUACAAUGUCUUCCUGAUUGUUCUGGUCAUGGCACAUUCGAUUUAGAUACACAAACUUGCUCUUGCGAGCCACGAUGGUCUGGUGAAGAUUGUUCUAGAGAAUUAUGCGAUUUGGAUUGCGGACCACAUGGCCAUUGUGUGAGUGACGCGUGUCAAUGUAAUACUGGAUGGUCCGGCGAAUUUUGUAAUAUGAAACAAUGUGACUCGAGAUGUAAUGAACAUGGGCAAUGCAAAAAUGGCACAUGUCUUUGUGUUACUGGGUGGAAUGGAAAACAUUGUACAAUGGAAGGAUGUCCUAACGGAUGUUCAGGGCAUGGACAAUGCAGAGCCAACGCUGAUGGAGCUUGGGAAUGUCGAUGCAAUGAUGACUGGGAUGGAAAAGAUUGCAGUGUCCUAUUAGAACAAAGUUGCAACGAUGGUAGAGAUAAUGACAAAGAUGGACUAGUGGAUUGUGAAGACCCCGAAUGCUGUUCAAAUCAUAUUUGUCGAAGUAGUCAAUUAUGUGUAUCAGCUCCAAAGCCAAUAGACAUUCUACUACGUAAACAGCCUCCAGCAAUUACCGCCUCUUUCUUUGAAAGAAUGAAAUUUUUGAUCGACGAAGGAAGUUUACAAAAUUAUGCUCGGCCAGAAACAUUUAACGAAAGUGUGUUUUGGAAUCAUUUCAACGCGAGUCGAUCAGCUGUGGUCCGAGGACGUGUGGUAACAGGAUUAGGAACUGGUUUAAUGGGUGUUAGAGUUAGUACUUCGACACCUUUAGAAGGUUUCACAUUUACUCGAGACGAUGGCUGGUUUGAUCUCUUGGUAAACGGAGGUGGUGCUGUAACUUUACAAUUUGGAAGAUCACCGUUUAGACCACAAAGUCACAUAGUUUAUGUACCAUGGAAUGAAGUUGUGAUUAUUGAUGAUAUUACAAUGUCAACUGGAGAUGACAAGGUCAUAAUAUUACCUCCACAUGCGUGUAGUGCACAUAAUUAUGAUACAAUGAAACCAGUUGUCCUUGCCACAUGGAAACAUGGAUUCCAAGGAGCAUGUCCUGAUAAGAGCGCUAUUUUAACAGAAUCACAGGUGGUACAAGAAAGUCUUCAGAUACCAGGAACAGGUUUGAACUUGGUAUACCAAAGUUCACGCGCAGCUGGAUAUCUUUCAACUAUACAAUUACAAUUAACUCCAGAAGUAAUUCCAGAAUCUUUAAAAUUAAUUCAUUUACGAAUUACUAUUGAAGGCAUUUUAUUCAAGAAAGUCUUUGAAGCAGAUCCAGUUAUUAAAUUCACGUAUGCAUGGAACCGUUUGAAUGUUUACCGUCAAAGAGUAUAUGGAGUAACAACAGCUAUGGUUAAAGUAGGCUAUGAGUACAAAGACUGCAAAGAUAUUAUUUGGGACGUCCAAACAACAAAACUAAGUGGCCAUGAUAUGAGUAUAUCUGAAGUUGGAGGCUGGAAUUUAGAUAUUCAUCACAGAUAUAACUUCCAUGAAGGUAUUUUACAAAAGGGUGAUGGUUCUAACAUUUAUUUAAAACACAAACCACGAGUUAUAAUUACAACAAUGGGAGAUGGUCAUCAGCGACCAUUAGACUGUGUAGACUGCGAAGGUCAAGCCUCCAAGCAGAGACUUUUGGCACCUGUAGCUUUAGCAACUGCUCCAGAUGGAUCUAUUUUUGUAGGUGAUUUUAAUCUAGUGCGACGUAUUUUAACUGACGGCACUGUUCGAACAGUUGUUAGAUUGAAUGCUACCAGAGUUUCUUAUCGAUACCAUCUGGCUUUAAGUCCAUUACACGGAACACUUUACAUAUCUGAUCCAGAAUCACAUCAAAUUAUCAAGGUCAGAAAUGUGGACGAUUAUUCAGAUCCAGAUCAUAACUGGGAAACAGUCGUUGGAUCAGGCGAACGGUGCUUGCCCGGAGAUGAAGCGCAUUGUGGUGAUGGUGCAUUAGCUAGAGAUGCAAAAUUAGCAUAUCCGAAAGGAGUAGCCGUCUCUGCUGAUAAUGUUUUAUAUUUCGCUGAUGGUACAAAUAUUCGAAUGAUCGACAGAGAUGGAAUCAUAAAUACCGUCAUUGGAAAUCACAUGCAUAAAUCUCACUGGAAACCAAUACCUUGUGAGGGUACUCUAAAUGUGGAAGAAGUACAUUUACGGUGGCCAACAGAAUUAUCAAUAAGUCCAUUAGAUAAUUCAUUACACAUAAUUGAUGAUCAUAUGAUACUACAAUUAGCACCAGAUGGUAGAGUUAAAGUAGUUGCUGGUCAACCUUUGCAUUGUUCAACUCCAAGUACAAAUAUUGAUAUGGAACUUGCUACGCAUGCAACAUUGGUUAUGCCUCAGAGUAUUGCGUUUGGGCCAAAUGGCAAUUUGUAUGUGGCAGAAAGCGAUUCCCAACGUAUAAAUAGAGUUCGUGUUAUAACAACAGAUGGAAAAAUAUCUGCAUAUGCUGGUGCAGAGUCAAAAUGUAAUUGCUUGGAACGCGGAUGUGAUUGCUUUGAAGCGGACCAUUACCUUGCUGCCAAUGCAAAAUUCAACACAAUAUCGGCAGUCGCUGUUAGUCCUGAUGGAAUAGUUCAUAUUGGAGAUCAAGCUAAUUACAGAAUAAGAUCAGUGAUGGCAAGUAUUCCAGACGCAAGUGGUACAAGAGAAUACGAAAUUUAUUCGCCCGAUACGCAGGAAAUAUACAUAUUUAAUCGAUUUGGGCAGCACAUUGCCACUCGAAAUAUUUUGACUGGAGAAACUAACUACAUUUUCUCUUACAAUGUGAAUACAAGUAAUGGCAAACUUAGUACUGUCACAGAUGCAGCCGGUAAUAAAGUAUUUUUAUUGCGAGAUUAUUCAAGCUCUGUCAAUUCUAUUGAAAAUACAAAAGGUCAAAAAUGUAGACUCAGAAUGUCAAGAAUGAGAAUGCUUCACGAAUUAAGUACGCCAGAUAAUUAUAAUGUUACUUUUGAAUAUCAUGGACAAACCGGACUGCUAAAAACUAAACUUGACAGCAGUGGACGAAGCUAUGUCUAUAACUAUGACGAGUUUGGUCGGCUCACAACUGCUGUUACACCAACUGGAAAAGUGAUUAACUUGUCAUUUGACUUAAGCAUCAAAGGUGCGGAAGUAAUUGUUCGGCAAAACAAUAAAAAUCCCGUUUCUAUGUUGAUAAAAGGUGCAUCGGUAACAACGAAAGUUGGAGAUGCCCAACAACAUGCAAUAGUUUUAGCUGAUGGUAGUGUAACCAGUGUCACACCUUGGGGUCAUACUAUUACGACUGAUACCGUUCCAUAUUCCAUAUUAACAGAAAUCGAUCCCUUAUUAGGAGAAAGUUAUCCAGUACCUGCAAAACAACGAACGGAAGUUGGAGGCGAUCUAGCAAAUCGAUUUGAAUGGAGAUAUUUCCCACGAAGAUUGCCAUCAGGAAAGAAUAAAGCAAUCACAAAUAGAGCUGUAGCCCAAGUUGGUCGUAAACUUCGUGUUAAUGGAGAAAAUCUUCUAACUUUGGAAUAUGACAGAGAUUCAGCGACUGUUGCUGUAUUUAUGGAUGACCGAGUUGAAUUGUUAAAUGUUUCAUAUGACAGUAGUGCUAGACCUGUGAAAUGGGGACCACGUAAUGGUAUUUUUGCCGGUGUCGAUUUAGAAUACGAUCGAUACAGUCGGUUAACAAGCUGGAAAUGGGGUGACUUAAAUGAAACUUAUGGAUUCGAUCGUGCUGGUCGACUUAAUGAAAUUAGAUACGGAGAUGGAUCAUCGAUGAUUUAUACUUUCAAGGAUAUGUUUAGCAGUUUACCUUUGAAAGUAACAACCCCAAGAGGAAGUGAUUAUCUUUUACAAUAUGAUGAAUCUGGUGCACUCCAAUCUUUGACAACUCCGCGGGGUCAUAUCCAUGCUUUUUCAUUACAAACUUCGUUAGGAUUCUUUAAAUACCAAUAUUAUUCGCCAAUGAAUCGUCAUCCAUAUGAAAUUUUGUACAAUGAUGAUGGACAGAUUUUGGCCAAAAUAUACCCUCACCAAUCAGGAAAGGUUGUAUAUAUUUAUGAUCAAACUGGUAAAUUGGAAACAAGUUUGGCUGGUUUAUCCUCUACUCAUUAUGUAUACCAAGAAUCCUCGAAUUUAGUUAAAAGUGUGGAUAUUACUGAGCCCAAUUUUGAAUUAAAACAAGAAUUCAAAUAUCAUGCAGGCAUUAUAAAAGAUGAACGAUUAAAAUUCAGCAGUCGAAGUGGCUUAGAUAAUGCCCAUUACAGAUAUCAAUAUGACGGCAAUGCACGUCUAUCAGGAAUUGAUGUAGAUAUUAAUGGCAAAGAAUUACCACAAUUAAGGCUUAAAUAUAAUCAAAACUUAGGUAUGUUAGAAGGCAUUAGUGAUUUAAGAAUUUAUAGAAAUACUUUUAAUCGAUCCGUGAUGCAAGAUACAAGUAAACAAUUCUUUACAAUUACCGAUUUUGAUGAUCACGGGCGAAUCAAAUCAAUUUUAAUAAACAUCAAAUCUUUUGAUGUCUACCGAUUGGAAUUAGAAUACGAUUCGAGAAAUCGUAUACAAUCUCAGAAAUUGUUAAUUGGCCGAACUUCAUCUAUGGAUAAAAUUACAUAUAAUGCGGAUGGUCAUGUGAUGGAAGUAUUAGGAACAAAUAAUUGGAAGUAUGUUUACGAUGAAAAUGGAAAUGUAAUUGGAGUAAUUGAACAAGGUGAAAAAACGAAUUUGGGUUAUGAUAGUGGCGAUCGGGUUGUACAAUAUGGAGAUGCAGAAUUUAAUAAUUAUGAUAAUCGUGGAUUUGUGGUGCGACGAGGAGAACAUAGAUAUCGAUAUAAUGCUCGUGGACAAUUGAUCCAUGCUUUCGAGCGUGAUAAAUUCCAAACAUGGUAUCAUUAUGACGAACGAGGACGAAUGGUUGCAUGGAAUGAUGAUAAAGGAAAUAUCACCCAAUACUUUUACUCAAAUCCAACAAAUCCAAAUUUAAUAACACACGUACAUUUCCCAAAAACAACAAGAACUUUCCGUUUCUUAUACGAUCAACGUGAUAUUCUAAUAACUGUUGAAACUUCAGAACAACGAUUUUAUGUUGCCACAGAUCAAAAUGGAUCACCAUUAGCAUUGUUUGAUACAAAUGGACAUUUAGUGAAAGAAAUGCGACGCACGCCAUUUGGUAAAAUUAUUAAAGAUUCGAAUCCAGAUUUCUAUUUACCAGUCGACUUCCAUGGUGGAUUAUAUGAACCAAAUACUCGAUUAGUUUAUCUUAAUAAGCGACUAUACGAUCCUAUAGUAGGUCAAUGGAUGACACCAACAUGGGAAGAAUUAGCUACGAAAUUAACGACUCCGACGGAUAUAUUCAUAUACAGGUUCCAAAAUAAUGAUCCAAUUAACAAAAAACAAAAUAUUACAUAUAUGACCGAUUUGAAUAGUUGGUUGCAACUAUAUGGUUACGAUUUGACGAAAAUGCUUGGAUCACAAUACACAGCCAAUAUGAUUUAUCAUCCACAAGCUACUGUAACCAGUCCACAAUUAGCACCAGAUUUUGGUGUCAUGUCAGGGCUUCAAUGUAUUAUUGAUAAGGUAAAUGAGAAAUUUGCUGAUACUGGAUUUGUACCGAAACCCAUUUUGAAAAUGGAACCAAAAACUCGUAACUUAUUACCACGAGUUGCAUAUCGAAGAUCUGUAUUUGGCGAAGGUGUUUUAAUUUCAAGAGUCGGUGGUCGUGCACUUGUUAGUGUUGUCGAAGGAGUAAAUAGUGUGGUUCAAGAUGUUGUUACAUCAGUCUUCAACAAUUCAUUCUUCCUAGAAUUACAUUUUAGUAUCCACGACCAAGAUGUUUUUUACUUUGUCAAAGACAAUGCAUUAAAAAUACGUGACGACUAUGAAGAAUUGCAAAGAAUAGCAGGAUUAUUUAACGUAUCAAAACAUGAAACAUCAGAGCAUGGUACUGGAACUGGAAAAGAAUUGCGAUUGCAUAGUCAAGACGCUGCUGUUUACAUUAAAUAUGGAACAGAUCCAGAACAAGAACGUCAUCGUAUAUUAAAACACGCACAUAAACGUGCUGUUGAAAGAGCAUGGGAAAUGGAGAAACAAUUAGUAGCAGCAGGGCUUCAAGGUCGUGGAAAUUGGACCGAAGAAGAAAAAGAAGAAUUAGUAUCACAUGGUGACAUUGAUGGGUAUGAAGGCGUGGAUAUCCACAGUAUACAUCGAUAUCCACAGCUUGCUGAUGAUCCAGGCAAUGUUGCAUUUCAACGUGAUACAAAACGUAAAAGAAGGAAAAGUAAUGGAAGGAGACCGCGAUUACAUCGCCAUUCGUGAUUUUUACAUAAUAAACACACAUUUGUGAAUUAGUUUGUGCCAUUAACACAAUAAUUAUUAUAACUAGUCGAACAGUUUAUUGCAUUAAUACUUCAAUAGUGAUAUUUUUAAGUAUGCAUUUUUAUAAAUGAACUUGUGAUGAGUGUAAUUUCUUUAAAAAAAAACAAAGUGUGAGUAUUAAAGUGUCCAAUCUUAAAUAGUUUAUUCUAUUUCACGUAAUAAUUACACAAAAUAGUAGAGAUACAUAUAUUUUGGUGUGACAGCAAUCAAAUCUUAGGGCCUAUCUUUAAAGACAUAUUUGAAAUAGUUUUUCGAUUCAAAUAUGAAGCAUACUAUUUUUUAUUCCUUGUAUUAAACAGGGUGGUACAUUUGAACUUUACAUGAAAUGAUGUACAUGAUACGUUUUUAUCAUGAAAGUACAGUGCUUCAACGUUUUCUACGUAUUAUUUUCUAUGCUAUGUAUAGUCUAACACAUUGAGAGAUUCACAGGUAUACAGGGUGUUUUUGUUUCAAUCGACAAAAGUAAAUAACUUAAAAAACAAGCUUUAUCACGGAAAAUAUUUUUAACAAAAUCUGUUUGAUUCAAAAGAAAACUUCUAAGGGUGAGCUAGAAUUUAGCCAUGGUCUUCAGGAUCAUUUUAUUGUUGAAAAAAUAUUUUUAAAUCCUAAUUCUUAAUUAAUUAGGAUUGGUUAAGAACAACACACGGAGGAAACGAAGUUUAGUACGAUUAAACGUAUAAUAAAAAAUCGAAACUUCCUAACUUUAAGUGAAAUUUCGCAUGCAGGUUCUGCUGAAUGUAUUUGGUUUAUGAAAGUUUUCCAACAAAAACAGGAAAGGAACAACUUUUUAACGUGGAUGAUUCUUAUCUUAUCAGUUUUAUCAGCAUGAACCUAAAUUAACUUUUAAAUGACCCUGAAGAAUAGAGUUAGAUUGUAAGUCACUAUGAGAUGUUUGGUUUGAUAAUAUUUAUUUUUCCAGUUAUUUACUUGUAGGAAGAUAAAAAAAGAGCUCCCUGUAUAAAUUAAAUCAACGGAUACGUAAUAAUCAAAGACUAAUUGUGUUUUGAUACUGUGGCGAAUGAUAGUUAAAAUGUUAGAAAUAAUAUCUAACUUUUAAUUUUUUUUUUUAUAAUACUCGACCAAUAUUUAGGUCAAAUAAAUGAUGAC